GGUUGUUAAUAAAGUUUGACAUUGUUUGAGGGGUAAAAUCUGUGUUUGCAUUCGAUUUUCUUGCUCAAGACAAACUUUUGGUUCUUUUAGCCCCGCCAAAAGAUGGAAUGCAUGCAAGUCCAAGAGAUCACCUGUGUUCUACUGUUCUUAUCACUGGUAACGGCAGGGUUUUGUCAGAGAGACAAAUCUCUCUAUUGUGAAGUUUGCAGAAUUGUGACUGAUGAGCUGGAAUGGGAAAUAUCGCAAGUAGACUCCAAGAAAGUCAUCGAGGUUGAAAGCUUUCGUGUUGAUCCAACUGGAAGACAGAGCUACACAAGACAGAUACCCUAUGCUAGGUCUGAGGCCCACCUUACAGAGCUGUUAGAGAAUACAUGUGAGAACAUGAAGCAAUACGCAGAGUCUACAGACCAAUCCAAUGGCAAGAAGACAUACAUUCGAACAUCAUCAAGGGAUGGAAAGCCAGUCACACUAUCAAAUGUAUCAAUUAGCGGUGAUGUGUCAGAAAAGCUAAAAUUUGCAUGUGAAAACAUUGUUGGUGAACAUGAUGAGGAAAUUAUUGACAUCCUGAAAAAAGAAGGAAAGGAUAUGAAAAACAGGAUUUGCACAGACACACUUCAUUUCUGUUCUGAUGUCCACACAGAGUUAUAACACAUUGGUAAUACAUAACAAUUAUUAAGUCCAGUUAAAGUUAAAUAGGGCACAUCUGUGCAGAAUGCAUUUAACUUUCUUUCAAUAAAAUGAUGUUGAGAUCAAGAUUGAAAUAAAGUUUAGAAUUACU